AUGGCAUGUGAACUCCAUGAACUGGAGACCACUAUCUUGCCGCAGUUCGAGUUGAUGAUUGAAGCAGCAAACAAGGGAAACCACAGGCCCAAGUUGGACAAAUGGCUUCAGGAACUCAAAGAAGCAUUCUACCUGGCUGAAGAGUUGCUGGAAGAGCAUGAGUACAACCUCCUCAAACGCAAAUCAAAGGGGAAGGAUUCCCUGCCGGCCGAUGCCUCCUUCAUCAGCAAAACUUUGAUGAAGCCUCUCCAUGCUGCAUCAAGCAGGCUAUCAAAUCUGAGCUCUGAGAACAGGAAGCUACUUCGCCAGCUAAAUGAACUGAAGGCUACCCUGGCAAAAGCCAAAGUCUUCCAUGAACUGCUACCAGCAGGUUAUAAUGUAGAGAGCUCCACCAUACCAACAGCUAUUGUUCCUGAUACCACAUCACUAGCUCCUUUGAAAGUGAUUGGUCAUGACAAGGACUGUGACCAUAUAAUAAAUUGUCUUACCAAGAUAGCCGCUACAGCUAAGUUUAGUACAACUAUGUACUCGGGUUUGGCCAUUGUUGGAGCUGGAGGCAUGGGGAAGUCUACACUAGCACAACUUGUCUACAGUGACAAAAGGGUAAAAGAAUGUUUUGAUGUGAGAAUGUGGAUAAGCAUCUCACGCAAACUUGAUGUGCGCCGUCAUACACGUGAGAUCAUCGAGUCUGCCUCUCAGGGGGGAUGCCCACAUAUUGAUAACCUUGAUACUCUACAGCGUAAGUUGAUCGACAUACUGCAAGAAUCAAAGAAAUUUCUACUCGUGUUGGAUGAUGUUUGGUUUGAACCUGGCAGUGAGAGGGAAUGGGACCAACUGUUAGCUCCUCUAGUUUCUCGGCGGGAUACAUUUCCAGCUGCUCUUUGCUGUGAAGAAGUGUGCCCAUUGAAAAACAUGGAAGAUGCUCAGUUCUUGGCACUCUUCAAACACCAUGCAUUCUCUGGGCCAAAUAUUGGGAAUCCGCAGCUGCGUAGAAGGUUGGAAGAUUUUUCAGAGAAAAUUGGUGAAAGGCUUGGACAAUCUCCUUUGGCAGCAAAAGUUGUGGGUUCCCAGUUGAAAGGGAAAACAGAUAUAUCUGCAUGGAAAGAUGCUUUUACUAUAAGGAUUGACAAAUUAAGUGAGCCCAUGAGAGCUUUGUUGUGGAGUUAUGAGAAAUUAGAUCCAUGUCUGCAGAGGUGCUUCCUAUAUUGCGGCUUGUUUCCAAAAGGCCACAUGUAUGUCAUUGAUGAGUUGGUCCCACUUUGGAUGGCGGAGGGCCUUGUUGAUUCGUGCAACCAAGACAAGAGAGUUGAAGAUAUUGGGAGGGAUUGCUUUUAUGGAUAA